UAAAUCUAAAAUUAUUUUAUGUGUUUAUUUAAUUUCUUUCUAUAAUUUUAUGAUCAUCGUGAAAAAGCAAGUCAAGCACCAUUCGAAAGUCUAUGCUCUCUCAGUCGUCGCUAAGCUUGACAAAAUGGCCGGCCUUGUUUGACCCGACAAGCCUCUAUCCUCCGCUUUUCUAUUAGAACCCAACCUAGCUUCUACACCAAAGGGGUCAUUGUUCACAUACAUCUCCAAUUUCCUUGUUGUUCUUGCUUCAGGUUUUGCGAUUCAAAUUGAGGGUUUGUAUACAUAAACUUGGGAACUUAGAACAUGGACUUGCUUUUUUCUAUGAGCUUUGUGUGUGUUUGAUGACGUUGGGGAACAUGGAGUUUCGUCUCUGAUUCAAGAGGCCGUUCGUGGGGUUAUCCGUUAUUUUGUGGAUUUAUCAGAUUUAAGUGUUAAACAAAAAUUUCGGUCUUGGAAAUUCGGUUUCUUAAGCUCUGGUAUGCAUUAAGAAGCAAAUUAAGCAGUAGUUCUCGUGGAUUUUAGGGGCUAUCUUAAUAACCAUGUUGCUGGGUAGCCGAGUUUUGGACAUUUUAACUGUCAGUCUUCUCUGGGUUUUGCUUAGUUCUAGUAUCAGCUCUGGUGUUGAGACUGAUAUUAAUUGCUUGAAAAAUAUAAAAGCAUCACUGGAAGAUCCUUUUGGUUACUUAAACUCUUCGUGGAAUUUUAACAACAACACCGAAGGAUUCAUUUGUAAAUUCACUGGGAUCGAGUGCUGGCACCCUGAUGAAUCCAAAGUUUUAAACAUUCGUCUUCCAGAUAUGGGACUCAAAGGACCCUUUCCUCAGGCCCUUGCAAAUUGCACGAGUUUAACAGGCUUAGACCUUUCAAACAACAAGCUCUAUGGAUCUAUUCCAGAAAAUAUCUCUAAAAUUAUUCAGUAUGUAACAUCUCUUGAUCUCUCAUCUAACAAUUUCACGGGGUCUAUCCCAGUGGGUCUUUCAAACUUAAGUUAUUUGAAUGACCUUAUCCUUGACCACAACCGGUUGUCUGGUUCGAUUCCUCUAGAACUUGCCCUGCUUCCCAGGUUAAAAAAAUUUAGUGUAGCCAACAAUCUUCUGGUUGGACCUGUCCCAAACUUUGGCAAUAAGGAGAACAAUAAAGCUGAAAACUAUGCAAAUAAUCCUGGACUCUGUGGUGGUUCUUUGGAACCUUGCAAUGUGCCUCCGAAGAAGUCUCACACUGUAAUUAUUGUGGGAGCAGUUGUUGCUGGUGUGACUGCUUCAGCAUUAGGUGUUGGCGUUGGUUUGUUCUUCUUACUUCGUAGAGCGGCUGUGAGGAAGAAAGAAGAGGAUCCUGAAGGGAACAAAUGGGCAAAGAGUUUGAAGGGAACGAAAGGCAUCAAGGUUUCAAUGUUUGAGAAGUCAGUUUCAAAAAUGAGAUUGAGUGAUCUUAUGAAGGCUACCAACAAUUUUUGCAAAGACAAUAUCAUUGGAUCUGGAAGAACUGGAACGAUGUAUAAGGCAGUGCUGGAUGAUGGCACUUCACUAAUGGUCAAGAGGUUGCAGGAAUCUCAACACUCUGAGAAAGAGUUUCUAGCUGAGAUGGCCACGCUAGGAAAUGUAAAACACCGUAACUUGGUUCCCCUUUUAGGGUUUUGCUUGGCAAAAAAGGAGAGGCUUGUGGUCUAUAGGCACAUGGCUAAUGGUACCCUUCAUGAUCGUUUACAUCUCGUGGAUGAGGGUGGUAAGGCUAUGGACUGGCCAACUAGGCUUAAAAUUGGGAUAGGUGCAGCUAGAGGAUUAGCAUUUCUCCACCAUAACUGCAAUCCUCGAAUCAUCCACCGGAACAUAAGUUCUAAAUGUAUCUUGCUGGAUGUGGAUUUUGAGCCCAAAAUAUCUGGUUUUGGCCUUGCUAGGCUUAUGAACCCAAUUGACACACAUUUGAGUACUUUUGUGAAUGGGGAAUUUGGGGAUCUGGGUUAUGUUGCUCCAGAAUAUUCGCGGACUCUGGUAGCCACUCCAAAAGGGGAUAUAUACAGUUUUGGAACUGUGCUUCUUGAGUUAGUGACUGGUGAAAGACCCACUAAUGUUGUUAAAGCACCUGAAAGCUUCAAGGGAAAUUUGGUGGAAUGGAUUACGAUGCUGUCAGGAAACUCUCAACUCCAUGAUGCAAUUGACAAAUCUUUGGUUGGGAAGGGUGUGGAUGGAGAGCUUUUCCAGUUUCUUAAGGUGGCAUGCAACUGUGUAUCACAAACUGCCAAGGAGAGACCCACCAUGUUUGAAGUAUACCAGCUUCUAAGAGCUAUAGGGGAGCAAUAUCAUUUCACAGCCGAGGAUGAGAUAUUAAUGCCUACAGAUACCAAUGAUGUUGAUUGUAUAGAGGAACUUAUUGUUGCUCGUUAAGUAAACGAGAAAAAUUAUAAAGGUAUGUAAGAGAUGUAGUAGUGAGUGUUACAAUUACCCAUUUGUAAUUAUCUGUUGUUGUAUUGUAUUAAAAGCAAAACAUACAUAUGUUUUUGAAUCUUUAGUUACUGGUUUAGCCUUUGUUUUAACAUUUGACGUACAAUGUCAAAUAUGAAUUUAUGAAGCUAUGUAAUUUUAAGCUAGCCACCUAUUAGCCAUUCAACAUGAUUUGAUCUUUCUA